CCGUCCAGUAGCGACCGUUUCCUGUUCUCUCUGACUCUCCUCUCCUCCGUCUCUCCAUCUGUCUGUCAGUGGAUCUCUGAGUGACAGCCAUCAUGUUCGUUGCUCCACCUGGCUAUCAGCCCGUCUACAACCCUAGUAUCCCCUAUGUGGGGCCGAUCUACGGGGGGCUGAGAUCAGGGAUGUCUGUUUACAUCCAGGGAGUCAUCCCUGACGAGAUCACCAGGUUCAACAUGAACUUGCAGUGUGGAGAAUCUGAGGGCAGUGAUAUCGGCUUUCACUUCAGCCCUCGCUUCGACAACUGGGACAAGGUGGUGUUCAACAGCUGCCAGGAAGGGGAAUGGGGUUCCGAGGAGGAGAUCCACAACAUGCCUUUUAGCAAGGGAGACGCCUUCGAGAUGGUUAUCAUCAUUAACCAGGAGGGUUACCAGGUGACAGUGAACGGACAAGACCUUCAUACGUUCAACCACCGUAUUCCAGUCGAGAGAGUCAACGCCCUGCAGAUCGGUGGCGACGCUUCCAUCCAGACCGUCAACGUCAUCGGGGGAGGAAAUCCUGCAGGUGAUCAAAUUGGGGGAAACCUACCGGUCAUGGAUGGACAGCCAAUAUUCAACCCUCCUGUCCCGUACACCAUCGUGAUUCCAGGAGGGAUGUCUACGAAGAAGACCAUCGUCAUCAGAGGCAUGGUGCCUCUAGGAGCUAACAGGUUCUCGAUUAACUUCAAAGUGGGCAGCUCAGGGGACAUAGCAUUCCACCUAAACCCUCGUGUGCAGGAGAGAGAGCUGGUGAGAAACAGUUUUAUUGGUGGGAGCUGGGAGACGGAGGAGAGAGAGAUCAGCAUCAACCCCUUCCUGGAGGGACAGUACUUUGACAUGUCUGUCCGUUGUGGGAACCAGCGGUUCAAGGUGUUUGUGAACGGGCAGCACAUGUGUGACUUCUUCCAUCGCUUCCAGAACUACAACCAGAUAGACACGGUGGAGCUGGAGGGAGACGUACAGAUCUCAUACGUACACUUCUGAGAUACUACACACACACACACACACAAUACUACACACACACACACAAUACUACACACACACAAAAUACUACACACACACUACUACUACACACACACAAUACUACACACACACACACACACACAAUACUACACACACACACAAUGAUUCAACAUUGUACUUCUGUAACCCAGACCGCAAUUAGAUGUUAAUUACAUCCUAAGACAUAAAAUCAAAGUAAUUACAUAGACAUGAUCCAGAUAGCCAUGAUCCACACAACGGUGUAAGGAAUACACUGUACACAUUUUAUUUCAUACAAAAUAAGUAUAAAAAAUCUGUUUUUUUUAAAACCAUCGAAGUGACAAUAAUAUGUGACUGUCACCGUAACAUAUUCUUCAUCUCCCCGUCAAUUACAUGGAAACCAAUGAGCAUCAUUUAUAAACCAAUCAGAUCACAGAAUACUGUCUCUACUGACUGCAUGAUAUGUUAAGACUCUGUAAAUCAGGAUAGGGAUGUUCCAUAUCGGUACCUUGGGGGAAUAUCGCUAUGUAAUUGCUAUAUACUGUACUUACAAAAUUCUACUUUUCUUUUGUCUUAAUAUUUUCCAAUUACAAUUUUGGUUAGUUGUAAAAAAUAAAAAAUAAAGUAUUUACAAAUUCACAUUGUGAAAAAUAAGUUUAACUCAUUUAUAGCAUUGUUGUGGGGCAAAAGCAUAAUUGAGCCUAAUGUAUGUGCGUUAUGGUGUACUGAACAACAUAUUGGAAUAAAGAAUAUAUGGAGAGGAAAAGCCUCAUCAAGACAUGA